CUCUUGACAUCUUCCAUCCGUCAAUUUUCCGUUCACGAAAAACGUAAAACCGCUCGCCUAUAACCCGGCAGAUUUAUCGCGCCGUGCUCGAUGAAAUAUUCAUCACGUCGCGGACAGACUGGCGAAAAGACGGGAUCCUCGAAUGUCCAGUGGGAGCGCAUCGUUCACUGAUACGGCGAUACAACACGGCAAGCUGGAACCACCGAGAUCCCUGCACGGUGUCGAGGAUGCCGAGGUCAUUUGGGACACGAUUACGCGGCGAUUUCCGAAUGCGGCACCGCUUCUCUGCGAGAUGGAAACGGUGAUCGAACGAGCGGAGGAUCUGCUGCAGCAGCUUAGAACGCCUUGCACUCAGGGAAAUGACACGUCCAGCUCGUUUCACACACCGGAUUCCCGGGAAUCUAACGCGACGAUUUCGAUGAUAUCCGACAUAGAAUCGUUUGCCGAAGAAACGAAUAUUUCAGAACAUUGUGAAGUCACCGAGAACGUUGAAAUGCAACUGAAAGUGCACGAUAUUCACGAAAAGCAAGUGGAUUUAGAGUCUCAAUAUUGUAGUGAACAAUCUAUUCAGUGCGAAAAGAAACACCCCUAUCAGGAAUAUAAUUUGAAUUCACCUUUAAAAAUCGACGAGAUUGUUGAACAUUUCAAAGCAAGCUCGAUGAUUAGAUGUCAUAAUUUCCAAGAGGAAUCAAAUACUAAUGUAAAGGAUAACGUUGAUGAAGCAAUCGAUAUGAGUUCGGAAGAAAGAUUAAUGAAAGCAGUGGGUGAAGCAAAUAGUUUGGAAGGAUGGGUAAACAUGACUGAUAAGGCACUGUGUAAAUAUCAUGAUGAUAUGGAAGAUGAUAACGAUUCGGAAACGGGGCCAAGCGUCGACAAAAAUAUAGAUAAUCAUUCAUUGACAGUCAACAAUGAUGACAAAUCUGACAAAAACGAUGAAAAAAUCAGUGUUGCAAAAUGUUCUGCAAAUCUUCAUUCACCGUUUACUAUCCUUGAAGAAUAUGCAAAGCAGUGUGAAAUGCCAAUCACAUACAAGUGCAAAUCAAAACCGAAUAUGUAUGUGAUAAAUGGUGACCUGUGUGGAUUUCGCGCAAUGUCGUGUGCCGCGACCAAAGAUCUGGCCAAAAACGAAUGGGCAGCACAAAUAUUGUGGAUGAUAGCCGUGCGUCAGAUGGAUGGCUCGAAAUCUGUUGGCGGAUUAUUAGAUUUCUCGAAGGAAGAGAUGUUAGAGAUAAUAGCACUUAAAGGCGAGUUGAAGAACGCGUCGCAAAAACUCUACAAAUUUUGUCUCGAGAAAGGAGAAUCUAUUCCGAAGUAUACUAUUGGCAAUUCGACAACACAUCAAGGGUUUACGUACACAGCUCAAUGCGUAGCUUUAGGUCAUGUCGGAGUUGGACAAGGAUUAAGGAUAGAUAGCGCUAAGAUUGCUGCUGCUGAAAAUUUAUAUCAGAAAUAUAUUUGUGAGAACCAAUUGUUUUCCACAUACGAAAAUCGCCGCAUCGUCGAAGACCCGAUGUCAGGGAUAGCGAUAGCCAGGCUCGCUGAGGAGCGUAAAGCAUGGAGGAAGGAUCAUCCGUUCGGGUUUGUAGCUAGACCAACUAAAAAUCCAGAUGGUUCCCUUAACUUGAUGAGUUGGGAAUGUGCGAUACCUGGAAAGAAAUCUACUCCUUGGGAGGGUGGCCUGUACAAGUUACGUAUGAUUUUCAAAGAUGACUAUCCUUCAAGCCCUCCAAAAUGUAAAUUUGAACCUCCUCUAUUCCAUCCAAACGUUUAUCCAUCAGGCACUGUGUGUUUGUCGCUUUUGGAUGAAGAGAAAGACUGGCGACCAGCUAUCACAAUCAAGCAAAUCCUCCUUGGUAUUCAGGAUUUAUUGAACGAGCCAAAUGUGAAAGAUCCAGCUCAAGCCGAAGCUUAUACAAUAUAUUGCCAAAAUCGUUUGGAAUACGAGAAACGUGUUAAAGCUCAAGCCAGAGCAAUGGCUCCGCAGGAAUAAGUCACAAGAAUUGUCAACUCGACAUAUUUAAAAUAUGUGAGAAAGACAUUGUAUGUGGAAUGCACAUCAUAAACUGAUUCAUAGCUCUUUAUAAUUAAUCUUUUUUACGAGUAAUUAAUAUAUGUUGUAACUAAUUAAGUAGUUCAUGGUCUUAACGUUUAUUUAUCGAAUAUUGUCUUUAUUCAAUGUGUAUAUUUUUCGAAAUUUCAAAAUGUAGUGUAUACUAACGUCAAUAUACGAAAAUCAACACAUAUAAAUUCUUUCGCACAUAAAUAAUUCUUAUUAAUAUUAAGAACCAUGUUAUAAGAUAUGUAUACUUUA